UAAAGAUCAGAAGAAGAAACGCCUCAGUGACAACAUAUGAACGCAUGCUGUGACAGUUUCUACUUUCUCAGCAUUGUUUGAAUUUUAAUACACGUUUGCAUCUGAAAAUGCCGCCAAAGGGAAAAGGUGGCAAGGGCGGGAAAGGAGCUGCUUCAGGAAGCGCAGACGCUGACAAGAAAGAAAAAGCACCUAAAGGAGGCACUGCUGUGAAGGUUCGUCAUAUCCUUUGUGAAAAACAUGGGAAAUGCAUGGAGGCAAUGGAGAAACUGAAGGCUGGAGUUCGAUUUAGUGAAGUAGCAUCACAGUACAGUGAAGACAAAGCUCGACAAGGAGGUGAUCUGGGAUGGAUGACGCGAGGAUCAAUGGUCGGGCCUUUCCAGGAUGCUGCGUUCGCCCUACCUGUCAGUUCCAUGGAUAAACCUGUCUACACAGACCCUCCUGUCAAAACAAAGUUUGGGUACCACAUCAUUAUGGUAGAGGGGAAAAAGUGACAUGUGACGUCUUAACACUUGAAAUAAGGACAUACAAAAAUUUGACGGUAUGCUUUAUUGUGAAGCUGAUUAUUUCCUGAUCGUGCUGCUUUAGUACAGUACAGUUUCUUUAUAUUUCACAGAAUGAACAAGAAAAUUAAAGAUCCUCAUGUGUCCGCUUUGAUCUUACUUACCAUACAACCUGAGGGAAUAAGUUUCACUUUUACUUGCAUAAUUCACUGGAAUUUCUUUUUUCAGCUUCUUUGUGUAAAUCAAAUCACAAACGGCCAAAUAAAUUCAUUGUCACUCAAGUCGUACCGCAUGUUUAAAGUUUGUGUGUGUGUGUGUGAGAGAAGGUGC